AUGGGUAACCGAAUCGGUAACCUCUGCCUCUGUUCCGCCGGCGCCGGCGAAAUAUCCGGCAGGUUCGAGAACAGAGCUUCCUUCCUCUCCAAGCAACAUGACAGAGCCCUUGGAAAUUCCAUCUGCUACGUGAGACCGGACACGUGUCAGUUUUCCGGCGAUUCCAUUUCCGACGAUGACGUCACUCUCAUGACUUUCCGGUCAGUUUCCGGUGCCACCGUGAGUGCAAACCCGUCAGCGACACCGUCAACUUCACUCGAUAAUUCCCUUCAACACGGCACCGUUUUGGACUCCUCUGCUUCGUUUGAGAGCUCUGGUUCCUUCACUUCGACGAUCAUGGUGCCUUUUCAACACCAACUUGCUCCUCGUGGAUUCUCUGUGGGAAGGUCCACGGAAAGAGAGUUAUCUUGGGGUCGUUGUGAUCGUGUGGUGAAUGGUGCAGGCUCUGUUGAGAAAGGUUCUUCUGAAGCCCCUUUAAAGAAGUUGAAGAGAAGUUUGUCACAUGGCGGAUAUGUGUUUCAGAACAAAACAAGUAAGCGUAGCUUGAAAAGGGUUCUGAAUAGAGCGUUUUUCAGUUUUGGAAAAAUGUCCAUUUUCAAGAAAAAUGAUAACUUCAAUGCGAGAGUUAGUUGUAGUACAAGUUUGAGUGCUGAGUUGAGUUUGCAUGGUGUUGAGGGUGAUAAUAACUAUUUGGAUGAUGAUGGUGAUGGGUGUGAUGUGUUAAAGGGGUGUGAGAAUCUUCACUGGGCUCAAGGGAGAGGUGGUGAGGAUCGUGUGCAUAUUGUGAUUUGUGAGGAUCAUGGAUGGGUUUUUGUGGGGAUUUAUGAUGGGUUUAAUGGCCCUGAUGCCACUGAUUUUCUUCUUAACAAUUUGUUUUAUGCUGUGUAUGAUGUCGAGCUCCAGGGGAUGUUGUGCAGUCAAAAGAAUAAAGAGGUGAAUGGUGAAAAAGUGGUAGAGUUGAGUCACUCAGAAGUGUUACAAGGUCUUUCAGAGGCCUUGAGGAAGAGUGAGGAUGCAUUCCUAAGGAAUGCUGAUGAGAUGAUUGCUCAUAGCCCUGUGUUGGCUAUGAUGGGUUCUUGUGUUUUGGUGGUGUUGAUGAAGGGUCAAGAUGUUUACUUGAUGAAUGUGGGAGAUAGUCGUGCUGUGUUGGCUACUAACACUGGCAAUUCCCUUCAGCUCACCAUGGAGCAUAGCACUCAUGUGAAAGAGGAGGUUUACAGAAUCAGGAGGGAGCACCCAGAUGACCCUUUUGCAGUAACUAAAGGCCGAGUGAAAGGUUGCUUGAGUGUCACAAGGGCUUUUGGGGCAGGGUUCCUUAAGCAGCCUAAGCAAAACAAUGCAGUGUUAGAAACUUUUAAAGUGAGAUACAUAGGGGAAUCCCCAUACAUCACAUGUUCCCCUUCACUCCAUCACCACAGGCUGAGCCCACAUGACAAAUUCCUCAUAUUGUCAUCUGAUGGGCUUUACCAAUACUUCACCAAUGAAGAAGCAGUCGCCAAAGUAGACUCAUUCAUCUCUAUGUUUCCAGAUAGAGAUCCUGCUCAACUUCUUAUUGAAGAAGCACUAAGUCGAGCAGCAAAAAAGGCUGGGAUGGAGUUCCAUGAGUUGCUUGACAUUCCACAAGGGGAACGGCGUCAUUACCAUGAUGACAUUUCUGUUGUCAUAAUCUCCUUGGAGGGAAAAAUAUGGCGUUCACUUGUGUAA